GGGGUGAGGGUGGGGGCUGGGGGAACGAAACGAACACGAACACACACAGCCACAAAAAGGUCAUUCAUGUGUGUUUGUUGAUUGGGGGGGUGUGGUGGUGGCUGGCUGGCUGGCUGGCUACUCAUCCAUCUCUCUCUCUCACUGGUACUCGUGAGCAACAACUUUCUACAACAGAGACAGACACCGAUAAAGGACCCGCGCGCCAAUCUUGAGGGACAACGAGGGAGGGAGAGCGGGACGAUCCCUAGCAAAGGUAGACAGACAGACAGACGGACGGACAGACAGAGAGGUUGCAUAUUCCACAGACGACAGACAGAGCGUUAAGAAGCGUUAGGACACAGAUAUGAACGAUGCUAUGAUGCAGACAGAAUAUCACACAAAGCAUAAUAUUAUCCAUACGCACUGAUGAUCAGUCAGUCGAGUGAGUGAGUGAGUGAGUGAGUGGGGGUGGAUCGACGACACGGCCGACAACAGUCAGUACUGACACACACGGGUUCUAGAAGGUGCAAGAUGCAGGCAAGUCGUGCAGUGGGCGCAUCGCAUCGCCCGAGAGGUUUGAAAGCGUGUCAGGCCGCCGUACACAUGGCUCCCCUCUCUCACACGCACACGCACAUACACAUGCACACGCACCCUACUACCCUUGACAUCGCUCCACAGCACACCACAUCACACCACACCACACCAUCGUCAGUCAGUUCAAAAGGUUCAAACAACAGCCUUAUGGAUACAAUUCAUGUCCCUAUGUGUCGGGAAAACUCUGCCCUGGUGGGCGGGGGAGUGACUGAGUGAGUGAGUCAGUCGCGGGCAGGAAAGAUACAUACAUCGGGACGCACAACAACACAAGAGCACAAGCGGAGAAAAAUACUAGAUGAGUGUGUGUGUGUGUGGGUAUAGAAACAAACAAACAGACAGACAGAGACGUACACAUGAAGGAAGGUGGGCAGGCAGGCAGGUAAGUGUAAGUGUCUCUCGGGGGGCUGGGUGUGGGUGGUGUGUGGUGUCUGUCUAGCUAGACGGAAAAACGGUUCGCAGGUUCUUUCCUCCCUCCCUGGCUCCCUCCCUGCGUCAUAUCAGGUUACUUACCUUUCCCGCCACGUUCAGGUAUAUUCAUCCCCAUCUAUUGAUGCCAUCCAUCCACGCGUCUGUUCCAUUCGUCUCUCUCUCUCUCUCUCUCUCAGCCUCCACAGUCAAGUCAACAACAGGCAGACUCAGACACGGCCACAGUCAGCAAGCCAGUGGGGCAAUGAGUCGAUCGGUUGGUCGCAUCCCACAUCCCCCAACCAUCCCAUUCACCCGGCCACCUCGGCAACCACAGAGUCAAAAACCUCAUCAGCGCCGUCUCGCGGACCUGACACAUACACACCACACAUACACACUUCACACAUGCAUCCCUCCCUCCCUCAAUCUCUCUCUCUCUCUCUCUCCUCUUCUCUCUCCUCGGCUCAGCUCACCUUUGAGGUAGAGGUUGACAUCCGAGAACAUCUUGAUGGGCGGCUUGGUCGGGGCCUCGGCCUCCGUGUCGUCGAUGACCUUGAACUGCGCGUCGAAGAAGUGUCGCUCGUCAUCGUUGUAGCCGUCGAGGUCGCUGGGCCGUCGGGCGGUGGUGGCGGGGGUGAUGGGAUCCUCUUCGAGCAGCUCGAAGUUGGGCGAGUUGGGGCACCAAAAGAGGUUGUUGGACGUCACGCCCAGACCUGCACACAGGCGGAUGGGGGGAGGGACGGGGGGAGGGAUGGGGGGGUGGGUGAAGCAAGCCCCGCAUGGCAUGAUGACAUUCCCCUGACCGACCGUUGAGAAUGUGCUUGAACUGGUUGGAGCAGUGCUUCCAGUACUGGGCGUCCUCGUACCUGCAGCCAUCAACGCACUCACACACACGCAAUCAGAGAGACCUGCAGGAGCUUUGUGAAAGCGUCCGUACAUUCUGUCUGGGUCCAUGUCGUUGUUGAGGUGAAUGACCUCUGGCAGGUCAGCGAACUCCGACCCCGCCUGCUGCGACAUGAGCAUCAGCUUCAUCGGCUUGCCCUGACGCUUCUCGCGAAGCUUCGACAGCAAAUCCUCGAUCUCGCCGCGGGUCGCCUCGCCCGUGCGCACAAACAGCACCUGCAACACACACAUUUUGGUGGCGUGGCAUAUGUGUGUGUGUGUUUGGGGGGGGGAAAGUCACCUCGUCGGCUCUCUGCACGGUGUAGUGGAAUCUGUUGGCCCUCUGUGAGUAUCGUUUCUUCAUGCGUUCGAAGACGGGCCAGAUAUUCUCGACGGGGUCGUCGCCCUCCUCCACCUCGUGCGCAUACGACAGGCCGUGCCACUUGUUGUGGAACACUCGACCCUACACACACACACACACACGGGAGUGUGGGCAAGGAAACGAACGGGUGUCUGUGCGCGGAGACGUGUACCAGGUCGUGGUCGUAGUAGAGCAUUUCGGGGUUCCACAUGUCAGUGAAGUCGCUGGCGAUCAUGUCGGACACAUCGCAGGUGAACGAGGUGCGCGUGAGGUCGAAGGGGUAGCAGGGGCCGUCGUACUCCACCUUGUGCAGCAACAUACGAGCCGUGCAACGCGCGCCGAGCGGCACGAUCUGAGACACACACACACGCACACACGUGGGGUUGUUGCAAAACCGGUGUGUGUGUGUGUGCGUGUGGAUGGAUUGAUGGAUGGAUGGAUGGACUGGCACUCACCCCAACUCGUGUGUAGUCGCUCAGCCUUCCUGCGUGUCGGUACAGCACGGCACUCUUGGGCGCGGCCUUGACGCUGAAAUGGAUGGCCACACACAGAGAGACGAUGCAGCCAUCAUGUCUGUUGCUUGUCUUUGCCAGCCACCCACCUACCGUGAGAGAAGUCCCGACUUGCCGAUGAAGAGAGUGUUGAAGUCGCCUGUGGGGUCGAGUGAGUUGAUGUAGGCGCCCGUCCGCAGACCCUUGAGCGACGCCGACAGGUCCACCCACAUCGGCUGACAUAUCGACAGACAGACACAUCGGGAUGUCUGUCUGUCUGUCUGUCUGUCCGUGUGCCUGCCCCGUCACAACAUUAACAGACGUACGUGCACGUUGUAUUCUGCGUCGGUGUUGUUGACGAUCCGCAGAGAGGGCGGCGCUGACGACUGGCCGUCAUCAUCCUCCGCCUCGGUGAGUAUGCCGAUGUUGCCGUCGUAGAACAGCACCUGGCACACAUGAGGGGAGAAGAAGUGGAAGGCCGCUAUGUAGUCCACCACACUCGCCGGCGGAACGUCAAAGGACGUCUCGAUCACACCGCCCUCUCCGAGAGAGAAAAAGGCGAAGGGCUUGGUGCUCUGCGCCUUCUUGCCGUUGCCCUUGCCGUUGCUGAGGGCGUCGGCAGCAGCAGCGGCAGCAGUGGCAGUAGGGACCUGGCAGAACUGAGUGCCGGGGUCGUGCCUCGGUGUGUCGUCGCCCGCUGGGUUGAAGAUGUAGAUGCCUGGCGUGAUGGGCGAGGGGCUGGCCGACUGCAUCGCCUGCAGCCAUCCCAUCCCACGACACACACAGGGAGGAUUGCGAUUGUUGUCAUGCGAGGAGUGGGUGUGGGUACCUAGGUACCUGUGUGAAGCCAUUUUGCAGCGCGGGCCAGCUGUUGCUGACGCUGUAGCUGUGGUCGGUCUUGUUGACGAAUUUGAUCUUGUGGGUGCCGCCCUUGCUCCGCGCCCACACGUCGAAGCCCUUGCCGUCGGUGAAGACCAAAUGGGCGUGGGGGAAGGGGUCGCCGUCAUGCGUCGGGGAGUCGGGCUGCACAUGGCGUUACAUUGCGUUGCAGGCAGGUACACAUCACACCCACACACACACAAAAAGAAACUCUCUCUCUCUCUCUCUGUGAGAGUGUGUGUGUGUGUGUCACCUCACUUACCCACCUGCAUCAUUGAGUGUGACAGCUGUUUCUCCAGCCGUCUGUUGCCGGCAGUCCCUCCCUCCACCACCACCGUCUCCGUGUGGAAGAGGCUCAAGUCGAUGCUCUCAAACAUCAGCCGGUGGCCCUUGCUGUUGGGGUGCGCCGGGUCGAAGCUCACCCCAUCAAGCCACUUGCCCGUCCCGCCUUUGGCCUCGAGAUUGGUCAGGAAGUCGAGCACGGGCACGCCCCAGCCCUUCAUCUUGGCCUCGGUCUGCUUGAGCAGCGUGUAGUGGUCCUUUGUGUAGUCGCCGUUGGGGUACACGCCGCCGAGAACGGGCCGCGCAUUGAUGUCCUUGAUGAGCUGGAUAAGGUGCUGAAUGCCCGACUCGAACCGCUGCUUGGCGGCGUGGCGCUGGUGGGCCGGACAAUGAGCCAGACCCUCGUUGCCCAAGGACAGACCGACAAUCACUGCAAGCAUCCCAUCCGGGAGGGGAGGGAGGAGCCGUGUGGGCGUGUGGUGUGGGUGGGCAAUGGUGGGGGUGGUUGGGUGGGUGUGCGUACCAACUUCAGGUUUGUGUUUGGGGACGACUUGGUGGAACCGCUCGAUAGUGCGGCCGACGUUGGCCCCGCUCUCACUCUCGUUGAUGAGCUGGUGGCCGUACUGCUUCGACAGAUGCUCACCUGUGCCGACACGACACCAACACACACAUCCACAUGCACAGUGCUUCGCGUGCUUAAGGGAUCGUUUCCCCCACCAAGCAGCGUGGCCCAUCCGCGCAUCUUCCAUGAGUUGUAGCCGUACGCAACCGAACUGUACACACACACACACACACACACACACAGAGCUCAGACGAACGAAUCUCGCUGUAUCCCCCAAAGCCGCCUGAAGGGAUCCACGCGGCGCCCACCUGCCGAUGACGACAAUCUUGAGGCCACCCCGUGUGGGCGGGGGAAAUGUUGGGGGCGCAGGUACUGUCUGUGGGGGUUUGAGGACAAAGCCAAAGGGGUGGGGCUGGAUGUACCCAAAACCACCGUCGUCAAUGAUGAUGUCUGCACACAUACACACACACAUAAGGGAGGGCACACCGAGCUCAGCUCGGCUGCAGUAAGUCCCGCGCGCUGACCUUGGUCUUCUACUGGUACCCAUCUGUUCUCGGUGCAGCCGUCCCCCUCCCAGACGGUCUCGCCGUACUCGGUGAACCUCACGUACUUGUACUGCACCUUGCCACCCACCGCCACAUGCUUCGUCACCGGCACCAGCUUGGGUGUCCACCACAGGGGGUACUGCCCGCUGCCCGUCGUAAGCUUGACGCACUUCGUCACGUCCCAGCUGCCCAGCUCUGCUCGUACACACACACACACACAGAUGAGAGUCAUUGCUGGCGUGUGUUUGUGUUUGUGUGUUUGUGUGUGUGUUUGUGCCUUUUCUGUUUGUGCGCACCAGGUAUAGAGCCGACGAUGCCGAUGCUGUCGCCGAAGCUGGUCUCGGCCCGCACCUGGAACUUGUACAUCGCCUCCAGAAAGUCAGCGGGGCGAGGGGCUCGGAGGCCGUGGGGCGAGUCGGGCUGGGCGGGCGAAGGGAUACCAACGAUAGAUCAGCGAAUUGCAAACGUCAUCGCUUUCCGCUU